AUGCCCGUUCCAGCAGACAGCCAAUCCACAAGCGACUCAAAGAGCGACUCCGAAGACAGCACGCGAAUCAAUUCCCCGGAGCGAGGAGAGGGUGACGCAGCCUUCGAGCCCAUCAGUACUCCGCACGCCACCCAUGAAGACCGCAUGCAGAGGCUCCACUCCGCGUCGUCGCGGCCCCUGGAGCGCAGCUGGUCGUUGAAUGAUGGGUAUAGCUGCAACACGGGCGACGAGCGGGUCAGCGAGAAGUCACCGGAUGAGGAAGAGGAUGUGGAUGCUAUGGCGGCUGAUUUUACCGUCGACUGGGACGAGAAUGACCCGAGCUGUCCGCGGAAUUUCAGUAAGCCGAGACGGUGGUUGAUUGUGAUCAUUUGCUCGUUGGGGUCUCUCUGUGUGACGUGUACGUCUUCGAUGUAUACUAUGACUUACGACCAGCUUACGGAGGAGUUCCACUGUUCCCGGUUGGUCGCGACGUUGGGACUGUCGUUCUUUAUCUGGGGACUUGGUCUUGGUCCGCUGUUUUUGGCGCCCCUCUCAGAGUUCUAUGGCCGACGGAAUAUUUACAUCAUCUCCUUCGCCUUUUUCUUGAUUUGGUUGAUUCCGUGCGCUGUGGCUCAAAAUACUCAAACAAUGAUCAUAGCCCGUUUCUUCAAUGGGAUUUCUGGGAGUGCCUUUCUUAGUGUUGCGGGUGGUACUGUUGGUGAUCUCUUUGCUCGCCAUGAACUCAGUGCGCCCAUGAUGAUUUACACGGCUUCUCCGUUUGUUGGGCCUGAGGUGGGACCGCUGGUUGGUGGCUUUAUCAACCAGUUUACGGGAUGGCGCUGGACCUUCUACGUGCUUCUCAUUUGGACAGGCGCUCUAUUCGUCUCGAUCAUUGUCUUCGUCCCGGAGACGUACCAUCCUGUACUCCUAAGACGCAAGGCACAGAGACGUCGCAAGGAGACAGGUGAUGAACGGUGGCAAGCACCGAUCGAGAGGCUCCAUCGAUCCGUAGCACGGACAGUGCUACGAUCUACCUACCGACCCAUGCUGCUUCUGAUCCUGGAACCCAUGUGCUUGAACCUCUGUCUGUUCUCGGCUAUUCUGCUGGGAAUCCUCUAUCUAUUCUUCGGCGCCUUCCAACUGGUCUUUGGCAACGUAUACCAUUUCGAGCUGUGGCAGCGCGGACUCUGUUUCCUCGGACUCUUCGUGGGCAUGGUCUUCGCCAUCUCGUCGGAUCCGUUCUGGCGUCGUGUUUAUGCCCGUCUGGAGGCUGAACACGAGAAAGAUGAAGGCAGGACGGAAAAAUAUCAGCCAGAGUGGCGGCUUCCUCCUGCUAUCCUCGGUGGGCCUCUAGUCACCAUCGGUCUGUUCAUGUUCGCCUGGACAAUCUAUUCACACGUCCACUGGAUUGUGCCGAUCAUCGGCAGCGUGUUCUUCGGAGCUGGGACAAUUCUUGUAUACUCCGGGAUUUUCACAUUUUUGGUCGAUGCGUAUCCGCUCUAUGCAGCAAGUGCUCUGGCAGCGAACAGUUUCGCGCGGUCGAGCUUUGCUGGAGUGUUUCCGCUGUUUGGAAUUCAAAUGUACAACAAUCUUGGAUAUCAUUGGGCGACCUCGCUAUUGGCUUUUCUGACGCUUGUCAUGGUACCAUUUCCAUACUUGUUUUUCCGCUACGGCAGCCGAAUUCGCAAGCAUAGCCGGUUCGCCCAUCGGUAG